ACAAGCACAGCAACCACAUCGCUCCCAGAGGGAAGAAGAACACAUCACAGCUACAGAUCGCCAUUUAGCUGUAGUGUGGCGAAUCAUAUCAGCAUUGUACAAUGCCUCUUGGAGAGGAUGGAAAUGGAUGGAAAAAGAAGACAUCAGACAUCAAAGAACAUUAUGACUUCAAAGAAGUGCUGGGAACGGGAGCUUUCUCAGAGGUGGUUCUAGCAGAGGAGAAGAGGACCCAGAGGCUGGUGGCAAUCAAGUGCAUCCCCAAAAAAGCAUUGGAAGGCAAAGAGAACAACAUUGAAAAUGAGAUCGCUGUACUACACAGAAUCAAGCACCCCAACAUUGUUACGCUGGAGGACAUCUUUGAAAGUACAUCCCAUCUAUAUCUUGUCAUGCAACUGGUGUCCGGAGGGGAGUUGUUUGACAGGAUUGUGGAGAAAGGUUUCUACACAGAGAGAGAUGCCAGCCAACUCAUCCACCAGAUCCUGGAUGCAGUCAAAUACCUCCAUGAUAUGGGGAUCGUCCACAGAGACUUGAAGCCAGAGAAUUUGCUGUAUUACAGUAUGGAAGAAGAGUCCAAAAUUAUGAUCAGUGACUUUGGACUGUCAAAGAUUGAGGGGUCAGGCAGUGUCAUGUCCACAGCCUGCGGUACUCCUGGAUAUGUGGCUCCUGAGGUGCUCGCUCAGAAGCCGUAUAGCAAAGCAGUGGACUGCUGGUCCAUAGGAGUCAUUUCUUAUAUUCUGUUAUGUGGCUAUCCUCCGUUUUAUGAUGAAAAUGAUGCCAAGUUAUUUGAGCAGAUUCUGAAAGCAGAGUAUGAAUUUGACUCUCCAUACUGGGAUGACAUCUCAGAUUCAGCCAAAGACUUCAUCUGUCACCUGAUGGAAAAAGACUCUUUGAAGAGAUAUACGUGUGAGCAGGCCCUCCAGCAUCCAUGGAUCUGUGGAGAUACAGCUCUGGACAAGAAUAUCCACGAAUCUGUCAGCGCUCAAAUCAAGAAGAACUUUGCCAAAAGUAAAUGGAAGCAAGCAUUUAAUGCCACAGCAGUGGUGCGCCACAUGCGGAAGCUGCAGCUGGGCACUAGUCUCGAGGGACCCAGUCAGAUUACUCCCACCAGUCCCUGCCAUGGACAUCUGCUCCCAGAGGAAGAGGAGGAGGAGGAGGAAGAUGAUUUGGGAAAUGGGGAGGAGGAGAGCUUGUCCCACUACGAGGAUGGCCGUCGCGGAAGCGCUGAGGGCAGCACAGAUCGGGACAGCCUGAGAAGCUGCACCUACUGCUGCAGGCCAGCCAGUCGCGUCUGA